AUGUCCGGCAUAGCCGUAUUCCGCCUUGUCGAAGAGAGGAGGGCUUGGAGAAAGAAUCAUCCUUUCGGAUUCGUUGCUAAGCCAGCGAGAGACUCUGACGGGACCUUGAAUCUAUUCAAAUUUGUUUGUGCUGUGCCAGGCAAAAAGGGCACUAUUUGGGAGGGCGGGCUGUACAAGAUUCAUAUUUAUUUCAAUGACGCCUAUCCUUCAACCCCACCAAUUUGCAAACUCGACCCUCUGGUCUACCAUCCGAAUGUUUCUUAUUCAGGCAGAAUCUGUCUAUCUAUUUUAUAUGAGGAUCAAGGAUGGAAACCAGCAAUCUCGCUCAGGGAAAUUCUUAUUGGGAUACAGGACCUCCUGGACGAUCCGAACCCCAAUGAUCCUGCACAAGACGGCGCUUCUCUAGUCUACGUUAGAAACAGGUACAUUGUUGCUAUAUGGGAAUAG